AUGGCUUCUGCUGUGGAACCUGACCUUCACAAUUCUGUUGAUGUACUCAAUGGGCAGCUCGAAGCCCAUGUAACUGACACUAUGUCUGCAAUAAUUGAUUCGAGUAUUCUAGACGAAAAAUGUUCAGAGUCUAAAUUACUUCAUUUUGAACCUGAAGAAGAUAAUAACGUUGAGCGCCUAGAUGUCACUGUUUCUCUUAAACCUAGCGAAAGUUUGCACUGUACUUCUACCUCUGAUGUCAAUGCGUGUACUGGCGACGAGCUUCCAUCAAUUCAUCUUGUUUCACCAAGUGUUCUUGCGAUCGAUGCGGAAGAAACAUCUGAAGUAUUUGAUGAUUCAUUAUGCAUAGGAGAACGUGAAACUCCUGGAAUAGUUCCCGAACAGAACAUGUCCCUAGAGCAUGCUGAAUAUGGUGAUUGCGAUACAAUAGCUGAGUCAUGCGUCGUUUCAAGUUCUGAAAAUGACACAACUGCGGUUACUUCACAACUCUUGUCGUCUUCUUCUGAAAUGGAACACACUGUGAACAAGGAGAAACUAUCCGACGUUGCUCCUGACUGUGAAGACGUCGAUGAUGUUGUGGAUGAAGUUCUCACUACUGUCCUGGAAAGAUGUGACAUUUCAAAUGGAUCUUGCACUUCACUUUCCCACGUUUCGAACGAGCUAAAUCUGCAAGAGGACACUGUUUUUGCGCCAAUUUCAAAUAAUGCAGUUGAGAAAAUUGAUUCAACUGACAUGUCUUACAAGUUGCUCGUGGAAGAAACUGUAGAGAGCGAAGAGUUAUGUGCAACGACGGAAAAGGAGAACGAAAAAGUCAAAGAAGCUUCUAUUUGUACAGUGAUUGUUGAAGACAACUGCACAAGAGAAAAAAAAGCAUUACCAUCAGUUAUAGAGGAAGAACAGGAAGAGAUAAAUAGUAAUGCUCUUCUUCUGCCACCAUCGCCUCCUGUACCUGUAAGACGUCGAUCGGUGCUUCAGAGUACCCCCGUUACCUCUCCAUCAGUACCACCAAGACGACGCUCUGUACUGUAUGCAUCGCAAACCUCAAUUAAUCGUAAAUCUGUUAACAAUAGCUUGCCGAGAAGCCCUUUGGUUACCAAAGAGGCAAGCAAACCAGCUAAAAAGAGAAGCAUGUUCAGUUGGAUUGGCGGAGAUUCUUCUAAGAAGAAAAACAAAGAGGUUCUCGAAACUGUGAGUGAAGGCUUAAGAAAAAUUUACAAGCAGAAGUUGCAUCCAUUAGAGGAGCAUUACAAGUUCCAUGAGUUCCAUAGCCCCGCUCUAGAUGACCCUGACUUCGAUGCUAAGCCUAUGAUUCUUCUUGUCGGACAAUAUUCUACGGGAAAAACUACAUUUAUUCGUUUCUUAUUGGAGAAGGAUUUCCCUGGCAUCAGAAUCGGUCCUGAACCAACAACAGAUAGGUUCAUUGCUGUUAUGCACGGAGAUGAGGAAGGUGUGAUUCCUGGUAAUGCUUUAGUUGUAGAUGCUAAAAAACAAUUCAGAGCUUUAAGCGGGUUUGGUAACGCUUUCCUCAACCGUUUCCAAUGCUCUACUUUACCCAAUCAAGUGUUGGAGAGUGUGACGAUCGUUGAUACCCCAGGAAUUCUAUCAGGAGAGAAACAAAGAAUCGAUCGAGGCUAUGAUUUCACUGGUGUUCUGGAGUGGUUUGCUGAACGUGUCGAUAGAAUCAUUUUACUCUUCGACGCUCACAAACUCGAUAUUUCUGACGAGUUCAAAAGAUGCAUUGAAGCCCUCUCAGGAAACGAAGAUAAAAUCCGUAUCGUUCUUAAUAAAUCUGACAUGGUUGAUCAUCAACAGUUAAUGAGAGUUUAUGGAGCUCUUAUGUGGUCACUCGGAAAAGUCUUCCGCACUCCGGAAGUUGCUCGUGUGUAUAUUGGAUCUUUCUGGGAUCAACCACUUCAUUAUGAUAUUAACAGACGUCUAUUCCAAGACGAACAACAAGACUUGUUCCAAGACCUGCAGGCACUUCCAAGAAAUGCAGCUCUUAGAAAACUCAACGAUCUUAUUAAGAGAGCUCGUCUUGCUAAGGUUCACGCUUAUAUCAUUGCUGAACUACGCAAGCAAAUGCCAUCUAUGAUAGGAAAAGAGAAAAAGAAGAAAGAAUUGAUUCAGAAUCUGGACAAAAUUUUCGAUCAGUUACAGCGAGAGCAUAACAUAUCUCCCGGAGAUUUCCCAGACGUUAAUAAGAUGAGAGAGAAGCUCCAAAACCAGGACUUCACAAAAUUCAAUCCAAUCAAGCCUAAGCUUCUCGAAGUAGUCGACGGCAUGCUCGCAUCUGAUAUCGCUCGUUUGAUGGCUCAAAUACCUAAGGAGGAGCAAGCUAUGAAUGUCAGUAAUGGUAUCACAGAGCAACCAUCUGUGAAAGGAGGCGCCUUCAGCAAUGCCCAAGAAACUGAAACUCCAUUCGGUUUCGGAAAGUACAACGCUAACUGGGGUGAAGGAUUUGACAAAGGUGCCGAUGAGAACGAAUGGGUCGUUAACAGAGAGCGUAACUCUGCAGACAGCACUUUCAACAGCCUGGGACCAGUCAAUGGAUAUCUUUCAGGACGUGUGGCCAAGGAACACAUGGUUAAAUCGAAACUUCCUAACGCCGUUCUUGGCAAAAUUUGGAAGCUCGCCGAUGUUGAUAAGGACGGUCAGCUGGAUAAUGAUGAAUUUGCACUUGCCAAUUAUUUGAUCAAUUUGAAACUGGAAGGACAUGAACUACCAAACGAAUUGCCUGGGCAUCUUAUUCCUCCCAGUAAACGAAACGCUGAUGCUGUCUACCCAACACUCGAUGACGAAUGA